AUCCAAACCAGUAGGGGAAACCAGAGACAUUCUGCCCGGGAGAUACACUAGACUCUGCUUACGUCAUCCACACGCGGCAGCAGAAACGUAGAAUGCGAUUUAUGCUAAAUUGUUUUCGGUUAAAUACAUUGACUUCUGUUUUCAGAUCAAAUGAAACACGAUUUAUGUUAACGGUUGAGAAGAGUUCGUAUUUUACGGGGUGAGUAAGGAAAUUGUUGACGACGUUACAACAAAAAUGUGCCUUGAGUUAAUGUAGUUAGCGCUAGCUAAUCUUCCGUGGACCGACCAGACAAUUUUGAUACCUUUCUCUAAUACGUCUGGGUUGCCGAUGUAACUCGCUAGCUAGCUAGCUGACGUAGCUAGUCUUUACUUUUGCUGCUAGUGGCUAAUACACAUUUUAUUGCAGAUCAUGUUGAUUGUAUAAGUAACGUUAACUCUUACCCAAAAGUGAACCCAAGAAAAAGAUGCCGCCUCACAAGAAAAACGGGAUACCGGACAGGUAAAUAUGCACUAUUUAAUGCUAAUGUUAGCCCAGAGCUGGACCUCAAUUGGCAAUGUGGACAGGGUUAUAGUCUCUGUCAUAUUGAUGUCAUGCGCUCUCUCCUACAGAUGGGAAGACUACCAGGCCGUAGGGAAGAUUAUAUCUGGGACGCGGUUCAUCGCUUUUAAAGUCCCUCUGAAACCGGUAACAGUCAAGAGUUGUGUGUGUGUGUGUGUGUGUGUGUGUGUGUGUUAGCUAAGUCACUCAACUCCACGAUGUACUUGAUGUGAAAUACUUGGUGCAGUUCAGUGACUUCGCUGUGUGUGUCCCAGAUGUGUUGUCUAGCACUGGGUAGUCUCGGAAACCCAGAACUAAAAUCUAGCGUAAUUGCGUAAAAUCCUCAAUUAAUGUUAUGUCCGUCUGUCCAAAAGAGAUUAAGCACUGGGUUACCGGGUUGGUGUUAGUUGCUUCGCGGUUUUUAAUAGGUAUACUGGGAUGUAUUCAUUAUUCAGAUUCCGUGGAAAACCGUCUUGUCUGUUGCUAAUCGUUUUGCAACAGAAACCGUUUACUCUAGGACACAAACAGAGCAAACAAAACAGGGAGGGACCUACCUGAAUUUGUCAAAUAGAAAAUCUCGUUUUCGUUGCAAAACGUUCUCCAUUUGGAGUAAAUGAUUUCCGUUGCAAAAACAUUCUGCAACAGACUAAACGUUUUAGAACGGAGUCCGACAAAUGAAUACAUCCCUGGUAGCUAGGAGCGUUAGUAGUUACUAGGCUAAUAACUGUGGUGUGUGUGUUCCAGUCCCUGUGUCGUCAUGUGGAACGUUCGGAGGCAUUUGGUCCAUGGGAGCUGAUGCAGACUAUAGAGAAAGACGGACAGGAGCUGGGACUGAUCAUAGACCUCACCUUUACUACACGCUACUACAAACCUGAGGUACACACACACACACACACACACACAUACAUAAUCACUGACUGUCUAGUGUAGUGCCUGAGGGGUGUGUGUGUGUGUGUGUGUGUGUGUAGGACCUUCCAGACUCCGUGCUCUACCUGAAGAUUUUCACGGCUGGUCAUGAAGUUCCCAGCGAUCCCACAAUCCUUAGCUUCAAACGUGCUGUCCGCAGGUUCCUACGAGACAACACACACAACGGUCAGUCACACACACACAUACCUUCACUGGUGGUUAGUGAAACGGAUUGUCUGUGUCUUGUUAGUUACGUAUUUGUUAUUUCUCUUUCAAAGAUAAGCUGAUCGGAGUACACUGUACUCAUGGUCUCAACAGAACAGGCUACCUGGUCUGUAGGUAAGGCGCUUUUAGCAGAUUUUGUGGAGUUUCUGGUAGAUUCUACAUGUGCUUACAGUAUGUAACCUGGCUCUCUUUCUGUCUUUUUCAUUCUCUCCUCUUCAGGUAUCUGAUAGAUGUAGAUGGGAUGGAUCCUAAAGAGGCUGUGGAGUGUGAGUACUGAACCUCCUUCAAAAAUUGGUGUGUGCACGCAUGCAUGUGUUUGUAAUCUUUUCUCCCUGUGUGAUUUCAGUGUUUAACUCUUCGCGGGGUCACUCCAUAGAAAGAGGGAACUACCUGAAAGACCUACAGACUGGGCCAAAGAGAAGGUAAUUUGUGUGUGUUUGUUGGUUGGUCGGUCUCUCUAUCGUUGUCGCUGUCCAUCCAUACUUUUAUUCAUCCAUCCCUCCUCCCUCCCUCUGCAGUAACGAUGGGAUGGAGGAGUCGGAGCAGGAGCCAAUCAGAGGCAGCUCUGGCAGUCAGCAUAACAUUCUCGACUGUCCUGCCCACCGCGACAGACAUUACGACAGGCAUUAUGACCACAACCAAUCUCAAUCUGUGUAAGCACCCUGACCUCUAACCCCUAUAUACAUAAUGCUAUGUCUCUAUAUACAGUGCAUUCUGAAAGUAUUGGGACCCCUUGACUUUUCCCCCCAAAAAAUGACGUUUCAGCCUCAUUCUAAAAUUGAUUAAAUAUUUUUUUCCUCAUCGAUCUACACACAAUACCCCAUAAUGACAAAGCGAAAACAGGUUUUUAGCAACAAAAAAAACAGAUACCUUAUUUACAUUUACAGACCCUUUGCAAUGAGACUCGAAAUUGAGCUCAGGUGCAUCCUGUUUCCAUUGAUCAUCCUUGAGAUGUUUCAACAACUUGAUUGGAGUCCACCUGUGGUAAAUUCAAUUGAUGAUUUGGAAAGGCACAUACCUGUCUCUAUAAGGUCCCACAGUUGACAGUGUAUGCCAGAGCAAAAACAAAGCCAUGAGGUCGAAGGAAUUGUCCGUAGAGCUCCGAGACAGGAUUGUGUCAAGGCACAGAUCUGGGGAAGGGUACCAAAAAAUUUCUGCAGCAUUGAAGGUCCCGAAGAACACAGUGGCCAUCAUUCUUAAAUGGAAGAAGUUUGGAACGACCGAUACUCUUCCUAGAGCUGGCCGCCCGGCCAAACUCGGCAAUCAGGGGAGAAGGGCCUUGGUCAGGGAGAUGACCAAGAACCUGAUGAUCACUCUGACAGAGCUCCAGAGUUCCUCUGUGGAGAUGGGAGAACCUUCCAGAAGGACAACCAUCUCUGCAGCACUCCACCAAUCAGGCCUUUAGAGUGGCCAGACGGAAGCCACUCCUCAGUAAAAGGCACAUGACAGCCCACUUGGAGUUUCCCAAAAGGCACCUAAAGGACUCAUGAAACCAAGGUUGAACUCUUUGGCCUAAAUGCCAAGCGUCACGUCUGGAGGAAACCUGGCACCAUCCCUACGGUGAAGCAUGGUGGUGGCAGCAUCAUACUGUGGGGAUGUUUUUCAGCGGCAGGGACUGGGAGACUAGUCAGGAUCGAGGGAAAGAUGAGCAAAGUACAGAAAGAUCCUUGAUGAAAACCUGCUCAGGACGCCCCAUUCUGACAACAGGACAACGUCUCUAAGCACACAGCCAAGACAACGCAGGAGUCAAGCUUGUAGCUUCAUACCCAAGAAGACUCGAGGCUGCAAUCGCUGCCAAAGGUGCUUCUACAAAGUACUGAGUAAAGGGUCUGAAUACUUAUGUAAAUGUGAUAUUUUAGUUUGUACGUUUUAAUACAUUUGCUAAUAUUUCUAAACCUGUUUUUGCUUUGUCGUUAUGGGGAAUUGUGUAGAUUGAUGAGGGAAAAAAACUAUUUAAUCAAUUUUAGAAUAAAGCUGUAACGUAACAAAGUGGAAAAGGUCAAGGGGUCUGAAUACAUUCCGAAUGCGCUGUAUAUGUGUAAUGUUGGUCUGAAGGUUCUGCGUUCUCUCUCGCUUUCUCUACAGGCCUCUCCACCAGAAGGGUAUGAACCACCAGACUCAUGGCCUCCCUCCUCCUCUGCCUCCGUAUGGCAUGUGGCCCCCCCACCCUAGCCUUCUCCCCCGUCCUCCUUACUUCAACAACUACCAAUGGAGACCCCCCCAGCCACAGAACAACUGGAGGAGGCCCUACCCACCAGAGGAAGACAGGAGGAGAGGGGAGGACUGGAGGUCAUCCCACUAUCACGAGAGGACGAGAAUUCGCUACCCCCCUGGCCCUUGCCCUGUUCUCCCCCGUUACUCCCCGAAAGGAUGGACUAAUGAGCCUGAAGGGUCUGCCUCCUCCCUCCCCUCUGAAGAGAUAAGUGGCCCACAGAGGAAAGUCCGCCCACGACACAAACACACACGCAGCAAAGACAGGACUAAAUAAAGAUGAGAGGAAAUUGGGGAGAGGAGAGAGGGGGUGUGCAGUUAGUUUGCUUUUUACUUUUGAAAAUGAAAGGUGAAGCUUCCUGGUGUGUUUGACUGCUACAGUUCCAUGGGGGCUGAAUAGUUUGAUUUGCUUUUAAAAACCGAUUUUAGGUUUUAGUUGAGAGAUGUGUUCUAUUGAGACUGAGAGAAAGGCCUUAGUUCACUUACAUAAAGUGCCUGACUGACUGUUGACUGACUGACUUACCUUGUCCCAAGGCUAUUGCGCAUAUAAGCCUGGUAC